GAACACUUUUUAUCCAAGGUUCUCUUCACUUCACAUGCCUGCUUCAACUCAACCACGCACACUGUACGACAAGGUGUUCGACGAUCACCUUGUUGAUCGACAAGAGGAUGGCACCUGCUUGCUUUAUAUUGACAGACACUUAGUACACGAAGUCACGAGCCCACAAGCCUUUGAGGGUCUUCGCAAUGCUAGCCGCAAAGUGCGUCGCCCAGACUGCACUCUUGCCACCGUUGAUCACAACAUUCCCACCUCUACCCGCAAGAACUUCAAGAACAUUACUACUUUUAUUGAAGAGUCUGAUUCACGCAUUCAGUGUGAGACUUUGGAGUCCAACGUAAAGGACUUUGGCUUGACUUACUUCGGCAUGGACGAUGAUCGUCAAGGUAUCGUUCACGUCAUUGGACCUGAACAAGGUUUUACUCUUCCCGGAACGACUUUGGUUUGCGGUGAUUCUCACACUUCUACCCACGGUGCUUUUGGUGCUUUGGCUUUCGGUAUUGGUACCUCUGAAGUCGAGCAUGUGCUCGCCACACAAACUCUUUUGCAAAAGAAGUCCAAGAACAUGCGUGUCAGAGUGAAUGGUGAGCUCGGUGAAGGAAUUACUAGCAAGGACGUUGUUUUGCACAUUAUUGGUGUUAUUGGUACUGCUGGUGGAACUGGAUGCGUUAUCGAAUUUUGCGGAUCCGCCAUCUCCUCUCUCUCUAUGGAAGCUAGAAUGUCUAUGUGCAACAUGUCCAUUGAAGGUGGUGCUCGUGCUGGAAUGAUUGCUCCUGAUGACAUUACUUUCGACUAUCUUCAAAACCGCCCUCUCAGCCCUAAGGGACAGGAAUGGGAAAAGGCUGUCGCCUAUUGGAAAACUUUGCACUCCGAUGCUGAUGCCAAAUACGAUAUCGAAGUCGAGAUCGAUGCCGCUGAUAUUGCACCCACUGUGACUUGGGGUACCAGCCCUCAGGACGUUGUGCAGAUCACUGGAAAUGUUCCUGAUCCCUCCAAAAUUCAAGAUCCUUCCCGACGCGCCGCCAUGCAGAGAGCUUUGGAAUAUAUCGGUUUGGAGCCUAAUACCAAGAUGGAGGAGGUCAAGGUGGAUAAAGUUUUCAUUGGCAGCUGCACUAAUUCUCGCAUUGAGGAUCUCCGAAGCGCUGCUCAGGUUGUCAAGGGCCGUCACAUCGCUGAGGGUGUUUAUGCUAUGGUUGUCCCCGGUUCCGGUCUUAUUAAGAAGCAAGCUGAAAAGGAAGGGUUGGACAAGAUCUUUACCGAUGCUGGUUUCGACUGGAGAGAGGCUGGUUGCUCUAUGUGUCUUGGUAUGAAUCCUGAUCAACUGAAGCCCAAGGAACGCUGCGCAAGUACCAGCAACCGUAAUUUCGAAGGAAGACAAGGUGCUGGUGGCCGAACUCACUUGAUGAGCCCUGCUAUGGCCGCUGCUGCUGGUGUCACUGGUUAUCUUACUGAUGUUAGAAAACUCGUCCCAUCCCUUUCAACCUCAUCUCCUAGCAAGACUACCAACCCCCAAAUCGAAAACGAGGCUGUCGCUCACAAGCAAGAGGAUAUCCAUGCAGAUGAACAGGCUGAUAUCGUCACUGAUGCUCCUACCAGCAGCUCUAGCGAUCCUACUGUUUUCUCUGGCGAAUCUGCUGGUAUGCCCAAGUUCACAGUCCUCAAGGGUCACGCAGCGCCAUUGGAUAUCGCCAACGUCGAUACUGAUAUGAUUAUUCCCAAGCAAUUCCUCAAGACCAUCAAGCGUACUGGCUUGCGUGAUGCCCUCUUCUACGCCCUUCGAUUCAAUCCUGAGACCAACGCAGAAAACCCCAACUUCGUCCUUAACCAGGAACCUUAUCGCCAGGCUCGUAUCUUGGUUUGCACUGGCCCCAAUUUUGGAUGCGGUAGCUCCCGAGAACACGCUCCGUGGGCAUUGAAUGACUUUGGCAUCAGAUGUAUCAUUGCCACCAGCUAUGCUGAUAUCUUCUUCAACAACUGUUUCAAGAAUGGUAUGCUUCCCAUCGUUUUAGCUCAAGAGGAAGUUAACGCGUUGGCCGACGAUGGUAGAGCUGGAAAGGAGGUUGAAGUUGAUCUUGUAAACCAAGUCAUCAAGCGUCCUGAUGGCACUUCUAUUCCUUUCGAUGUCGAGGCUUUCAGAAAGCACUGCCUGGUCAACGGUUUGGAUGAUAUUGGUCUCACCAUGCAGAAGAACGACAAAAUCGAAUCCUUUGAAGAGAAGCGAACAAGCUUGUGGCCAUGGCUCAAUGGCAAGGGCUACAACGGACAAGCAACACGAGUUGUCCCUGUCGCUGGCGAAAGUGCACCCAAGAAGAAGUUGGAUUGGUAAAUCAUUUUCAAAAGUAGUUUAUAAUGUUGAAGGACUUCUUCCUCUUAAAAUAUAAACCACGUCUUUUUCAAAAGAUCUUUUUUUUUUU